AUGACCAACUCACAAAAGCGCAUCGGCCUCAUUGGCUUGUCCGCCAAAGGAUCCUGGGCAUCACGCUCCCACCUUCCGUACCUCCAACGCACUCCACGCUAUGCGAUCACUGCGCUUCAAAACAGCUCUCUCGCUUCAGCCCAGGCUUCCGCCAAACAGUACUCUCUAGACUCUGUAUCCACGCACGACUCUCCCAGCUCAGUCGCCCAAGACCCUAACGUAGACAUCAUUGCUGUUAGCGUCAAUGUACCCGAGCACUAUAAGUUAAUCCGCCCGGCUCUGGAAGCGGGAAAAGAUGUUUUCUGCGAGUGGCCUUUGGCUCGCAAUGAGAAAGAAGCAGAGGAAUUGACAGCGUUGGCUAAAGAGAAGGGUGUCAGGACUAUGGUGGGCUUACAGGCACGCCAGAACCCAUCGAUCUUGAAAGCGAAAGAGAUUGUUGACUCGGGGAAGCUGGGAAAGAUUUUGGGGACGACAAUGUUCGGCCAUGGCAUGAUAUUCGGCGGCAUAACCAUGCCCUCUUACUCAUACAUGCACCCAAUUGAGAACGGCGCGAACCUUCUCACUAUCCCCUUCGGUCACGCCGUAGACGCUCUCUGCUACGUCUUCUCGAGCGAAUUGCGAUCAGUCUCCGCUGUGCUGUCAAAUAGAUACCCAGAGCUUCAGCUCGUGGACGAGAACUACCAACCUCUCGGAGAAAAGAAGUCCAAAACCUCUCACGACUUCGUCUCCAUGACUGCAGAGCUCAUCAACGGCGGCGGAAACGUCGACGUGACCUAUGCGCCAGGUCUGUCACGCACUGGACGGGACUUUUACUGGGAGAUCAUCGGAUCCGAGGGUACGCUUGUACUUGAAGGACCGAAAAUGGGUGGGCAUGUGCAGAUGUUCCAGCCUACCGUCAAGAUCGCGCUAGGCCAAGAGGAGUUGAAAGAAGUUGAGGUAGAGAAGGCUGAGGACUUUUCGUUCAACGUGGGAAGGGCUUGGGAUGCGUGGGCUGGAGAGGGCAAGGGCAGUGUUACGACUUGGGAGGAUGCUGUUGUCAGGCACAAGAUGAUUGAGGCGAUUUAUAGGAGUGCGGAGAAGGGAACAAAGGAGAACUAUGUGUGA